UGAUUUCCGCGCAUGCGCAGAGGGAGAUCCGCCGGAGCAGCGCAUAAAGAUGCAUAAACUGAAGUCGUCUCAGAAGGAGAAGAUCCGUCAGUUCUCGUCCUUCACGUGGGCCGCAGAGAGAACCGCUCUGUACUGUCUGACCCACAAUGACUGGAGACUAGAGAUGGUUAGCGAUAACUACUUCCAGAACCCUGAGCUCCAGCGCAGACACUCCAUGAAAACAGCAGUGGACCGCAAGAAGCUGGAUCAGCUGUACAACCGCUAUAAAGAUCCACAAGAUGAGAAUAAGAUCGGCGUCGAAGGGAUCCAGCAGUUCUGUGACGACCUCGUGCUGAAUCCCGUCAGCGUUAGCGUCCUGAUCGUGGCCUGGAAGUUCAGAGCGGCGACGCAGUGUGAGUUCAGCCGCAAAGAGUUCCUGGAUGGCAUGUCAGAGCUGGGGUGUGACAGUCCAGACGAGCUGAGGACUCUUUUACCCAGACUAGAGCAGGAGCUGAAGGAUUCUGGGAGAUUCAGAGACUUCUAUCAGUUCACGUUUAGCUUUGCCAAAAGUCCCGGACAGAAGGGUUUAGAUCUGGAGAUGGCCGUGGCCUACUGGAAUCUCAUUCUGACCGGCCGCUUUAAGUUCCUCGACCUCUGGAGCACUUUCCUUCUGGAGCAUCAUAAAAAAUCCAUCACUAAAGACACGUGGAACCUGCUGCUGGACUUCGGAAACAUGAUCGCAGAUGACAUGUGCAACUACGACGAGGAGGGUGCAUGGCCGGUGCUCAUCGAUGACUUUGUGGAAUUCGCUCGGCCGAUCGUGAUGACGGGAAAACACAAGACUCUCUAACGAGCGCUGAUGAGGAGGCCGAGUCCCUCUACACUGACUUUUUCAAUAAAAAAACAAGAAAUGCAUUUAAAAUACACAGAGAGAGUUUGUAUAUUGUGAGUGUGCUGCUGUUGAGAUCAGCGGCGUCCCCGACUGAAUU